AUGGCCGGCCAUCGCUGGCACAGGCGUCUUCUCACAACCGUUGCUGGAUUCGCUGGGGUAGUCAUAGCUAUAUACGCAGCCACACGCAUUGUCGCGUUUGUUGAGCUGUUUGGCAUCUUCAAGGACCACGCUGGUGUUCGAAACACACAGGCUGAAAUUGCCGCUUACUACAAUAACUCGAGUUCCGACUCGCGCAGUCCUAUGGUGCCCAAGAUCAUCCAUCAAGUCUUCCACAACUGGCACGACGAGAAUAAUGAUACGAUCCCGGCGAAAUGGCAGCCAUCGCGACAGUCGUGUCUGGACUUGAACCCCGACUGGGAACAAAUGCUCUGGUCAGCCAAGAGGUCCGAAGAAUUCAUCGAGAAAGAGUAUCCGUGGUUCCUUUCGGCAUAUAAAAGCUACAAGUAUCCUGUCCAGCGAGUGGACGUCAUCAAGUACUUUGUCCUGCACCAUUACGGAGGAAUCUACAUUGAUUUGGACAAUGGAUGCACUGCUAACCUCGAACCCCUAACGUACUACCCCGCCUUCACUACCGAUGGCGGUCUCGGAGCUCUCAGCAACAAUAUCAUGGGAGGCACACCUGAGCAUCCAUUUUUCGUCAUAAUCACCGAGAAUCUCAUUCGCUGGAAGCUCAACUAUCUGCUGCCAUACGUCACGGUCAUGUUAUGUAGCGGGCAAUGGUUCUUGACGGCAAUGUGGGAGAAGUACCAUUCGGAUCUGUCUCCUGACAGUACAGUCCGGGGCUUCGCCAAUGCUAAGAUCGGGUGGAAGCCGCUACACCGUAUCCUCAUGGACAUGCGUCCUGGUGCCGACCCGUGGGUCUUCUUUAACCAGGUCGCCGGCGAGUCAUGGGCAGACUGGGACUACCGUAUCCUCAAGGCCAUUGGCGACCACAUCGUCUUGAUCAUAUUGCUUGUGGUUGUUUUCAUCUGCGUUCUUGUUCGAUUUUGCAUGAAUUACAGAGCCAGAUCACGAGCCACGUAUAUAGAGUACCAAAAGCUAGACAUCUAA